ACCCAACACCAUCACUCGCCUACCCUCCGCCAUGUCUGCUGCUGCCGCCAAGCGCACCGUGCUCAUCCUCGGCGCCGGCCCGGGCACGGGCGCGUCGCUGGCGCACGCCUUUGCGCGCGCCGGCCACCCCGUCGCGCUCGCGUCGCGCACGCUGCCCUCGGCGCUCGCCGACGAGAUCAACGCCGCCGUGCCGCAGCAGCCCGGCGCCACGCCGCUGGCGCGCGCGUGGAGCGUCGAUGCCUCGCGCAGCGCAGACGUGGCGCGCUUCGUCGCCGACGCGCAGGCGGCGUGGCCCGAGGCGCGCCCGUGGGCCGGCGUCUGGAACCCGACGGGCGGCUUCGGCAUGCGCAAGUACCUCGACUGGAGCGAGGAGCACGUGCGCGAGGCGUUCGAGGUGCAGGUCAUCGGCGCCCACACCUUCAGCCAGGCGCUCCUGCGCAUCUUCCUCGCCGCCGAGGCGCCGGCCGACGCGCGCGAGUCGCGCGGCGUGCUGCUCUACAGCGGUGCCACCUCGGCGCUGCGCGGCAGCGAGAUGUUCGCCGGCUUCGCCGCCGCCAAGGCCGGGCUGCGCAUGCUCUCGCAGGCCAUCGCGCGCGAGCACGGGCGCGACGGCGUGCACUCGGCGCACAUCAUCAUCGACGGCAUGAUCGACACGGAGCGUGUGAGCAGCAUGGCCGGCCCCGCCAAGAGCGCAGACCAGCGCAUGAAGCCGGACAACCUCGCUGCCGAGUACCUGCAUCUCGCCUACCAGCCGCGCGACGUCUAUACCCAGGAGCUCGACCUGCGUCCCGCGCCGGAGAAGUUCUGAGCAUCGCAAGGAUCUGCUGGCCUUGGCCUGUCGCGGACGUGCAGCUGUGGUAUCAUCAAUUUUUGUACUGUACAUGUAGAGUGUGUGUGUGUGUGGACACGCGAAUGUGGAGCCUUGCCCGCGGGAUGUGCG